AUGCUUACAUACAUGGGGAUGCUUCAGCAGAGCGCUACGACAAUCUUGGAAGACAACCAGGGCGCGAUCGCUUUGGCGCAGAACGCUGGCUACCAUGCCCGGACGAAGCACGUGGACAUUCGCCAUCUCUUCAUCCGAGAGAAUGUGGAGUGUGAAAUGAUCACGAUCAAGUACAUUGACACCAAGAAUCAACUAGCUGACAUUCUAAUAAUUUCACUAGGGACCAAGACGCUUAAGCUCCUGCGCAACGAAAACGGCAUCACGAAUAAGAUCCUCGGGCCAUAG